UGACAUCACCUCCUUGUGUUUACAAACUUCACAUUAUAUAACAUCUUACAUGCUCCAUUUAAGCACCAAACUCUUCACAACAGUUCUCUUUGACACCUUUAAAAGCUGUUUUGUUUUGUUGGUUUUGUUAUAUGUUACUAGUUGAGAUGAAGGAGGAGGUGAUCUUAUUGGAUUUUUGGGCAAGUCCGUACGGAAUGAGGGUCAAGAUUGCUUUGGAAGAAAAAGGAAUCGAGUACAAGCGUUUGGGCGAAAACCUUCAAGACAAGAGCCCUCUGUUGCUCCAACUGAACCCGAUUCAUAAAACAAUUCCGGUUCUGGUUCACGAGGGCAAACCAGUUUGUGAGUCUCUCAUCAUCGUCAGCUACAUUGAUGAGGUUUGGCAUGAUAAAUCUCCGUUGCUUCCUUCUGAUCCUUACCAAAAGUCACAAGCCUUGUUUUGGGCCGACUACAUCGAGAAAAAGGUUUACGAUGUGGGAAGGAGGGUGUUGUGGGAAAAAGGCGAAAAACAAGAGAUGACAAAGAAAGAAUUGAUACAAGGGUUGAAAGAGUUGGAGGGGGAGUUAGGCACUAAACGCUAUUUUGGGGGUGAAAAUAUCGAUUUCGUGGAUGUGGCACUUGUACCCUUUACUUGUUGGUUCUAUAGCAUCGAGAGACGCGGUAACUUUAGCAUCGAGACCGAGUGCCCGAAGCUUAUGUCGUGGGUCAAAAGGUGCAUUAGUGAGAGAGAAAGCGUGGCAAAAACGCUUCAAGACCCUCUCAAAAUCUAUGACUACUACAACGAAUUAGACCCACAAUAAAGAUCGUCAUAUACAAAUUAAUAAUGCCUUGUAUUUGUGUUUUGUUACGUGUAAGUUUAAAGCUUUUAUGCCAGUGAAAAGAGCAAAUCUUAUUCUUUCA